UCAAGCACAAAUAGUAAUUUUGAUCCUGCUAUUUUAUUUACUCAAUCAAAGCCCAUAUCACUUGAUCCUUCCGUUCUUUUUCAACAAGAAAAAAAGUCUACUCCUUUCCAAGAUCCUGCCAUCAUUAGUAUCACAAAUUCCCCUAAAUUUGUUCCCGAAGUUAAAAAGCCACUUUUUGGAAACAAAAAAUGAAUAAGCCUGUUAAAGAAGUUGUCAUCUUUGAAGACUAUUCUGAUUUUGAAAAGGGGAAAGCGUCUAUUAAAAAGUCAACUGAAUCGUCAGCAGAAAUAAAACAAACAAAUCCCAAGAAGGAACCGUCAAAGGACACAUCAUCUGUAGGAGCUAAUAUUCCUGCUGUUCUUAUUCCUCCUCGAGUCAGAAGAAACGGUUCUUCGAAUGACACACAACAACAGACUAAGAAAACGACAUUAACACGUUCACGAAUUUUGACAGUCGCUAGUGGUAUUGAAAUUCCUACAGUGAACUCAAAUCAGAUGGAAACUGCUAAAUUGUUCGCACGAGAAAUGGGAUUAACACAAACACAGUUUGUUGAGAAUGGUGCAUUUGGUAUAAGCGCAAUGGUUUUAAAAGCCAUUGGAGGACAUCGUCGUAUACAACCUGAAAACCAUAAUGCAGCUCCAGUGAUUGUGAUCCUUGUAGGUCCCACAGCUAUUGGUGAAUUUGGUAUUGCUGCCGCGCGUCAUUUAGCGAACCGUGGUUGUCAGGUGAUUAUCAGUUUAUUAGAAGAUUCAUAUAGUAAUUCAACCUUUGAGCAAUAUAAAGCACUUGCUAAAUUCUCUGGCGCACGCUUUGUUUCUUCAAUCAAUGAUCUUCCUGAUCCUUAUACUAUGCCCGUUGAUAUCAUUCUCGAUGCUUUGUUAGGCCCUGAAAUGUUAAAAAUCACACCUACCAUCAAAAUGCAAAUGGAUUGGGCCAAUAAUAACAAAGCUCCUGUAUUAAGUAUUGAGUUCCCUAGUGGUGUUAAUCCUAAUAAUGGUAGUGUGCCCGAUGAUUCAAGUGCUUUUAUUCAGCCUAAAUGGACUUUAUGUUUAGGCGCACCUUACAUAGGCUGUACUUCACGUAAUGUUACGGGUGAAUUAUUUUUAGCAGAUACUGGCUUACCUUUCCUUUGCUUUGAAAAAGCCGUGGGGAACUUUCAUAUUCCUUGGGGAAGUGAAUUCGUAUUAGCAUUAGAAUAUGCAUCAUAAAAUAAAAUAAUAAUAAUAAUAAUAAUAAUAAUAAUAAUAAUAA